AUUUAGAUGUUUUAUAUGUUGAACAAGUGCCAUUUGAACCAAGACGAAAGAGACAGUGAUCAAAAGCAUUUAUACGUUUUCGGUCCGGAAACGUCUUUUUCAAGAACUCAGGCACGUAUUAAAAUUGAUUUUUACAGAGGAAAUCUAGCUUCUCUUAUAAAAAGCCAUGUUCUUCACCACCUCCACUAUUCAAGGUCAGGGAUCGUCUUCUUUCUUGGAUCAGAAUCUUCGUCAAAGGUUUACAUGGCGCUGCUUCCAGUUCAUCAUGAUUUUCCUUGCAAAGAGCAUAUUUUCCCGAACGAAACUUCGUCUCGGCAAUGCAAAGGGGAAAUAUCAUUUGAUGCAAACGGUUCAAGGCGUUUCUCACCUAUCAGGAUCUCCUCAUACAAGACUAGUUGUGCCUUUGACAUGUUAAUGAGGGCUGGAAUUACCAGCACAAGUGUUAUGCAACAUGGAAUGAUGAAUGAAGCAACAGUGCUGAAUUGGGAUUGUAGGUUGAAGAGUCAAACAAAGUCAACUCCAUAUCGGCUUUCGACAAGAGGGAAAUAUUGUCUGGUUAGGGCAUCAUUGGAGCCCAAUACUACGGAACAGCAACUUAGACUGUUGGAUUCUUACUUUGGGAAACUCCAAGGUGAUGGCAGUAAGCUUUCUUCUAGAGAUGUUAACACUGAAACGGAUCAGAAAGUUGAAAUCGAUGCGGAGGAAGAAGAACUGGAAUCUUUGAAUGCAUAUCUUGGCAAACUCUGUAAAGAUACAAGUAUGGAAGGGCUUGUAUCAAAAGGCAGUUCAGGAGCAAACCCAUUAAGCAAAUUGAGUUAUAUCAACUCUCAGAACGUUCCAUUUGGGCAGCUCAAUGACGAUCUAUACGACGAUACAUCCAAUUUCUAUUUAGUAAGCUUAUUAGCAUCCAUAAACGUUGGGGUGUGUCUGUUCGAAGUGGCAAGUCCAGUGAGGAACAACGAGAUGGGGCUCUUGUCGAUUCCUCUGUUAUAUGGAUCAAAGAUAAAUGAUCUAAUAAUGGCUGGCGAAUGGUGGAGACUUGUCACGCCCAUGUUUCUGCACUCUGGGAUUCUUCAUGUAGCGCUUAGCUCAUGGGCUCUUCUCACCUUCGGACCAAAAGUCUGCCGUUUUUAUGGCCCGUUCACGUUCUUCCUCAUCUUCAUACUCGGAGGAAUCUCUGGAAACUUCAUCAGUUUUCUUCACACUCCAUACCCUACGGUCGGAGGAACAGGACCAGCUUUCGCCAUUAUAGGAGCUUGGCUCGUGCAUCAAACGCAGAACAAGGACACGAUCAAAGAGGAUGAACUCGAAGACUUGUAUCAGAAGGCGAUAGUGAUGACAGGGCUUGGCCUCAUUUUAAGCCAUUUCGGCCCCAUAGACGACUGGACGAAUCUAGGAGCAAUUCUAUCCGGGAUCGGGUACGGCUUCUUCACCUGUCCCGUACCCGAACUCGACGAAUCGUCUUCGAGGAACGGGCGAGAAGAAGGCGUUGCGGUGAUGAGGCGAAGCGCGGGACCGUGUAAAUCUUUGUUCGUGUUCGCGGUCUUUCUGGCGGUCAUUGUGAGCUCUCUAGUACUGUUCGUCGACGGGCCCUUCGAUAUCCCGACAUUUGAUGACAUCGUUUACUCUCUUGUUUAGUUUUUUUUUUGGUUAUAUGGUUAUGUCUAGAAGAGCUUGUGGGCCUCUAAACACACAUGGUUUUGUGUUACAGUGGAAGCCAAGUAAGAAAACCGGAAGAAAAUGGGUUACUUAUUCUAACCCAAAUAUAGAAACAAAAAUCUAAACUUUUUUGUGCUA